AUGAAGGCUUUCAUCAUUGUGGCCAUUCUCCUUUCUGAACUAUACACCAGCGAUGGAGUCCCCUCCAGUCGCUGGUCAUGCUACAAAAAGGUUCUGAAGGAAAGGAACUGCCAUAACAUUGCUAAUGGGAUGGACUGGAUGAGACCCAUCGAGUCUCUUCAGAACCAUUUCUGGGAGGGAAACAAUUGUGACAUCGUUUGCUAUUGCAACUUCAGAGAACUCCUCUGUUGCCCAAGGGACGUCUUCUUCGGGCCAAAAAUUUCGUUUGUGAUCCCAUGCAACAACGUGUAA